CGCUGCUCAGUGCCUUCUUUUUACCCCUUCAGAACAGAAAUCCGGAUCCGAAUCAGCAUCACUCAGAGGUUCCUGCGACAGGAUUGUCUUGAUCCAGCUGCGUGGGCUACGACUCGGAGUUACAUAAAUAUCACAGCGUCUCCAACCAAUUUAGGCCGCAGUGCGUAUCUUCUCUUUUCCCUCUACCAUCAUCAUCACCACCCUAUGCCGUCUAUCAUAGACUACUCGCAGCCCCUUUCUGCCGUUCUCAAGGAGGGCACCAAGGAGGCCCACCAGAAUGUUCAGCACAGUGAAGGAGCAGACGCCCUGCUACGAGGCGAACUCGCCAAGGAGGAGUAUGCUCGUUUCUUGAUGAUGCUGUGGUACAUUUACGAUGCGUUUGAGCGCGCUUUGGAUCUCUACAGCACCCACCCAGUCCUGGAACCCACCUACAACCCGGCCCUUCUCCAGCGUGCGCCUUCGCUAGCUGCCGAUAUUUCACACCUCCUUCAGGUCCCCGAGUCUUCGUGGAAGUCACAUCGGAUACAUUCUGAACUCAUGUCCAACACGCCAGCAGCUCUCACGGAAUAUGUGACUCGAAUACAGGACUUGGUCAAUUCAGCUGACCCGGCUCCUUUAUUAGCACACUCGUAUGUGCGGUAUCUUGGCGAUCUUAGCGGUGGCCAGACUAUUCGACAUACUCUGGCUAAAGCUUAUGCACUCGAAGACAACAAGGGGUUGUCUUUCUACCUUUUUAAGGAGCUCCAUUCCUCCAAGACAGCGUCUCUGGGAGAAAUGAAACGCAUUAAGGACUGGUUCAGAGGAGGCAUGGAUGCGGGUGCUGGUGCGAACCAGGCUGUGAAAGAAACCAUCUCUGAAGAAGCCAAGACUGUCUUCGCGCUCAACAAUGGGAUAUUUGCUUCUAUACAGCCUGCCGCCAAGAAGUCGAGUUCUAAGGAUCUUCUUGCCCCUGUUAAACAAGGGUCCGUGGGCGAACAAUCAUUCCCGCUAUCUACCGUCAUGUCUGUGGUUGCGGCAGUUUGCAUAGCCCAUUUCAUUCUAGUCGUUGGCGGUUUCAUGGGGGAAGAAGGUUAUGCCAAGCUAAUGGCUGUGGAGGACUGGAUCGCUUCACUUUGGCAGGCCAAGUCGCAAUAAUGGAUUGUCUGGGAUCUGGGAUUUAGUCACGACUUGUAAUAUGAUGCACAAACUAUGGAUAUACACAACUA